AAAAAAAAAGCAUGUCAAAAUCACUCACCCACGCCAAAAUCAUCGCCCGCCGCUCCGCAGACCGCGGGUACGCCGAACACGGCGGCUGGCUCAAAUCCUACCACACAUUCAGUUUCGCCAGCUACUACGACCACCACUUCACGAACUUUGGCAGCCUGCGCGUGCUGAACGAAGACCGGGUUGCUCCCAAAAACGGCUUCCCGACGCACCCGCACCGCGAUGCAGAGAUCUUUAGCUAUAUCCUCAAUGGCGAGUUGACGCAUCGGGAUAGUAUGGUGCGGAAGGGCGCGGAGGGGGGACAGGGGAAGGACUUUUAUCGGAUGAAGAGGGGUGAUGUGCAGUUCACGACGGGCGGGACGGGGAUUGCGCAUGCCGAGCAGAAUGAGUCGACGAAGCCGGUUCAUUUCUUGCAGAUCUGGGCGUUGCCGUGGAGGCAUGGGCUUAAGCCGAAUUAUCAUACGCGGACGUUUGAUGAGGCGGAGAAGAGGAAGGGGUUUGUGCCGAUUUUGUCGCCGCUGAGGGCUGGGCCGGAAGCGAGUCCCAAGGAGGAGGAGGAGGCUGUUCCGAGUAUCCCGGAGACGAUUCCGAUUCAUGCGGACUUUGUUAUGGGGGCUGGGAUUAUUGAGCCACAGGGGCGGUUUGAGUGGACGGUUGGUGCUGGCACUGAGGUUGUGUCUAAGAAAAAGAAGCGCAAUGUCUAUGUGCAUUUGCCAAUGACCAAGGGUGGGAAGGCGAGGAUCCGCCUGGAUCGGAGGGAGGAUGCAGUGUUGGAGGAAGGAGACGGCGCCUUUAUCACGGGUGUUAAUGCAGGCGAUGUACUUGGUGUGGACAGCCUUGGUGAAGCUGAGGCAGAGGUUGUUGUAUUAGACAGCGAUUAACUUAUUGGAAGUAAAGAACAAUAUUGAAGCAUACGAUGCCAGUCCACCAUUGUAGUUGGAAGUGGUUAUUCGAGGGAAUGCAUUUACUACACUAUUGAGACUAUGACGAUUCCAA